CUCCCUCGGUUUCAGUCACUCUGGCCGGGCGCUGCCGUACGGACACUUUCAGCCGCCAUUUCGCGUUGCAACGCCAUUACAAUUCCACUCUUGUUUAUAUUUCAAAAUUUAUCGAUAACUACUUCACUACCACCUUAUAAUUGAACGAAAACGAUAUUUUCCUCAACCAUCAUUCUUGAAUCCCAGUGUCGUCAGUGAUAAGUGAAAGAAUAAACGCAACAAUGAUAGACGAUAAUUGAACUAAACCCCUUUUAUUUACCUCAUUAAUAAAAACAAAUAGAGUGCAUCAAUAUGAAGAUAGGCCAACACAAUUGUUGAGAGCUAAAAAGCUCGGAAAACUUCGUCCAGGCUUUCAAUGCUAAAUUACAGACUGGUCUCCACGCAUUUUCUGAAGCAGCCGUAAAUUUACAAAGACUGUGUAAUAUAGAGACUGUGCCGUACCAACAUGUGCCGGGAUCGAGAUAUGUCGGUGGAUAGAAGCGACAUCAUCAAAUAAGCUCGGGAAAGCCUUUUCUAGUUUAGAGUUUCCGUCAAAACGGCGCGCGUUUAUGCCCCACCGUUUCGUUUUGUUUCUUUCAAUUUGUUUUAUAUCAAAGGUUAAGCAAUAGCCCGGUUAUUUGUUAUCGGUUGCGGUCUCUAGAGGGUCUCGGAGAGGUUCGGGACCCAGUUAUACCCUGGCCAAUCAGAGCCGGCACAACAUUUCCCGAUUCUUGGACUCUUUAGUGGACGCUGCGAGAUAUUGCAUUACACACGUUACGGGCGAUCUCUUUUGGAAAUUCGAAAAUUUCCUUACUUUAAAUCUGAAGCAGGCAUGGUUCUAUUGGGACUCCAGCAGGGUUACGGGCACGAUUCCGAGUGCUCGAGCCAGCGUCGGGUUGUAAUAUCUGGGCUCGGGUGGCGUGCGCAGUGCUGCGAGCGGAGCGAAGGCGAGAAGGAGAGGGAAGAUAUGGCGGCGCCUGAAUGUGAGCGGGAGGCACGCAAGCGACGCGAGCGGCGGGAUUCCGGCUGCGCGCAUGAGCGUAAGGAGCGCAGACCACACAGUGAGGAGCGGCCGCCCCCACCGCCGCCGCCGCCUCCACUACAUGACUAUAAUCGACUCGAGUCGGAGCGUCGAGCGGAGCGGCUGUCCCGCGCUCGGCGGCCGCAACACGGCGGCAAGAGACGUCGCGCGCCCGCACGCUUGCCGCGACAACCUAAAGAGAACGACUACAGCGCACACAUCGACGACGUGCGCAGCGACACUCCGCCGCAUUUCGAAUACGUCGUGCGACGGAAACCUGAAGUAUGCGAGGAGACGGAGCGUUCUUGCGUGGAAGACAGCACUCGUCACGAGGAAGCGGAGCGCGCGCGCCGCGGCGAGCGCAACGAGCCGCAGCGCCGCGCGCAGCCGAGCCCCGACCGGCGCCUCGAGAAGAUCACCAAGAAGAAAAAAAACACUCUUUUAUUUCAGAUCAACGUCCUAAAGAAAAACAUCGCAAAAUACGAAAGCGAUUUUGAAUCCCAAAACGGCGCUCCAAUAACCCAAGGCGAUCGCAUGACUGACGUCCAAUUGGUCCGCAUGUACGAAGCUCUUCGACACUUGCAGACAGAAAAGCGCUGCAUUAAGGCGGACCCCGUCGAAUAUGCGCUCAAAGUUCAAGCGGCGAAACUACAGAAGGAAAGAGAUGAUAAGCUAGAUGCAGCGCUGAAGAGUGAUAAGCCGAUGACUGAAGUUGUGAAGGACAUUGAAGAGUGGGUAGACGGUUGUCGCCAAGCGACGGGCCGAGCAAGUAUACCGGAGUCAAACUGGACACCAGCGCAAUUAGCAGCGGAGAAGUCUUGCGUACAAAGGGCUCUAUUACGGCUUGAAGCAGCUCGGGGAAGACCUCCAGCACACUCUGUCGAACGCGGUGCAGCCAGGCAUCUGUACGAGCGCUACCGCGCAGUCAAACGGGCUUUGGCUACCUUCAGACCUGACGCCCUGAUUGGUGGAACGAACGGCGAACUGGCGACCAUUCACGAGCACGAGACAAUGCUGUUCACCAGCGUGGACAGCUCCAGCGACUCACAGGAGAAGCCUUCCGACUCUUCACAGGUGACACGAGAAACUAUAGAAACUCCCCUCCAGUCGCCGCCAACUCGCGAGGGUCAGGAGGAGAUGCCGUCCUCCACGUCGUCGGCGAAGUCCGCAACCACCAGCGAGGAAGCCACGCCCUCCAACGAGGGACUGCAUUGUUUGGGCUUGGAGGACCUCACGCGAGCACUCUCUGAGGCCAAGUUGCUUAAAUGUAUACUUAGGCGCAGUAUCAAGGAAUACGAAGUGAACUUUGAACUUCAAAACAGUAGGAAGGUGCAACGGGAUGACAAGAUCGGUCGAGAGGAGGAGUACAAACGCUACAAAACCGUUAAAGCAAGAAUUAAACUUAUUAACGCCCUAAUCAAUAAACAGAAGUCCACGGCUUGAAUGACCAAAUAUUUUGUGCUAAUAUUUACGCUAUAACAUUUUUUAUAUUGAGGGCAGAUUUUAUUAUCAAUGGCGUUCAAAGGUCAAACAUAACUGACGUAUUCGAACUGUGAAUUUUUACAGAUUUCCAAGUAAAAUAUUGUUCGAUCAUUGAAAUAUCGGCUCUAAAUUAAAUUAAAAGACUAGAAAUAUAAAAAAGCUAAGUGAUUUUCUUAUAUAGGUAUAAAUAAAUUUAUAAUAUAAGGAAUGAAAAUUUGAAAAGGUCUACGGCAAUAACAUAAAAUUAUGUACUUACCUUACUUAAUUAAUUUGUUCAUAAUAUAGAAAGAAUAUAAAAUAUUGUAAUAAUAAUAUUAUGUAACUUUAUAAAGUUUAUUGGUUCGAUUAUCCUAUAAAUCGGACUAGAAUGAUUUUUAAUAACAAAUCUGAUUUAACUUGUAAGUUUGUUACCUAAGCAAAAAACCCAGAACAAAUAGCCACUUGUUUGAUAAUCUCAGAUCGAUUUCGCUAUUUUCAAACUGAUCAAAGACAUCAUAAAUGCUCAAGUCAAGUCUUUCUAGGUACAUUCGAGAAAUAAUCCAACACUAGGUAAAAAGAUCGUAUGAUAGAGGUACCUACCUACGUUAAAGGAAAGGCUUAGAAUACCUAACAACUAGGAAAGGAUAUUAUGACAAUUAGAUCCUGAUGGGUGGCAUGCAUCGACCCAUUUGUUUGCUCAUUGGACGAAUGUUGAUGGAUUAACUAGCGAAAGUCAACGAAGACAUAUUAAGCCGUUUUAGAGAAGGGCGACAAUGAACCAACAUUGAAUAAGGUCACUAGAUCGAUUGAGAAUUAUUAAGUUCUUAUUAAAAUUUGGAAAACAUAAAAAACGGACAAAUUUUAGUUUUAAAAUAGUAAUAAUUAUGUUAAAUAAACGUUUCUUCCCAGGGUUAUGACUAUUGAAUAGAGCCCGUACAUUUCUCAGAGAGAAAAUGUAAAUGUUACUACAUAAUUAAUUAUAUGUCUAGUCGUAAGUAAAAUUACCUGUGAUUUAUAAAUUAUCUUAAUGAUUCUUGUACGACAAGACUUUGUUCAGAAUUAUAAUAUUAAUAUUAUAUAAUAUUGUGUAUUCUAUUUUAAUAAUAUUUUAGUUAUUAUAUAAUUAAUAUAUUUGUUUAACGUUGCCUGACAAUUUAUUUAGUAAAAAUACAUUAUAACUAUUGGGUAUACCAACACCGCAAUUAGUUUUUUUGAAUAUGUUUCAUAUAAUAAUACCUAUUUACGUAGUGAUAAGUAGGUACAUUUCCAGUCAAAAGUUGGAAGAUCGCCGAAUCUCGUCGUUGGCGCUCGUUAGACCAGUGUGUUCUUAUCAUCUUCAGAAAAAAUAUUUGCGGUGUAGGUAAAUGCACCUUUGAGGAAUAUGGACGUCAUAUUGAUAUAAUUUUUUUACGGAUAAUAAAACGUUUUUAACGUCCAUUACCAUAAUAUUAUUGUAUACUAUAUUAACAUUUAUAAUGAUAUUUUGAGAGUGAUUUCACUUAUGUACCCUAUUACUUAUACUCUGGAUUAUUAUUUCGAAAUUGCCAACGUGAAUCACGACAAUUAAUAAGAAAAGCCGACUUCAUCAAAGAUAACUAAUUGAAAUUUUUAUAUAACCAGGGUGAUUUAAGUUUAUCACUUUGUUAUACACCACUAAUUUUUAACUACCAUAAAUACAUUUGCUUAGUCAGGAUUCCUUGACAUGUUUACAUAUUAUGCAGAUUAAUAACAAUAAAUGAAGAGUCAUAAGAAAUCCAUAAAAAAUAGCAAUACUUGAUCAAAAUAUUGUUAGAGUGUGACACACGGCGGCGUUGACUAAAGGUCGUAGCUCAUUUACACGACACCGUUCCCACACAAACGCACAGCUCCACCUCAAAUCGAAGUGACCGCUAGUUAGCCAGGCGCCGACAGCUAGCAGAAAGCUCGCUGUCGGCGCGUGGCCAACCAUGUGUAAGCCAACCAUAACCAUCGAGUGGCUAGAUUGCGACAAGCUCGCUUGCUGCGCGUUGUUUGCAAUUGUAUGUUGUCAUUGUAAAAUGUAUGUACGAGCAUGACAUUAAGCCCAUAUUUGAAUGUUUAUUCUUUUCACGUGCGGGAGCUGUGUCGUGUAAGUGAGCUGCGACCUUCAUUAACGUUUCAUUAUAAACGCGUAAGCAUAUAAAAUAUCUUACACGUACAUUCAAAACGAUAAACAUAUCCUGUAUUCACUAUUAAAUGUUUUAUGAUAAUUAAAAGAUAGUGGUGUAAUCAUAUUUAAGUACAAUAUAUUUAAUUAUAAUAUUAUAGUAGGCAUAGGACUUGAUGUACUUCGUAGAACAUUAAUUAAACUAUAAAAUGACGAAUUACCCUCAAUUUGGCAUCGCCGAAUCACAAACUUAAAAUCAAUUUGAGGAAUCAAACUUAUGAAAAACAGUGGUAGUUAUGUAAAUAGGUAUAGGUAGUUUUUUUUUAAAUUAUGUUCGUGCGAUAAUCUGGGUAUCAUACCUACUACUCACUAAUAGUAGGUAGGUAAAUAAAUUAGGUAUGCUUUGGCUUUUUGGACGCCUUUAUUCCGCGUGGUUGCUGAAGACGGUCACGAUUCACAUCACGAGACUUGAAGUCAUAGGUCUUCUCUGACGUAGUUUGGUGUUUUGAACUGAGAAACGAUAUAGUAUAGUAUCUAUAGUUCGAGAAGGCGAGGUACGAGGCAGGGGACGCCCCGCACACCCACACGUUACCCGCAUUAUCCCGCACCGGAUUAGCGCGGGAGCUGUACGAGGUGGUACGAGUGCGCGGGGCGUACCCACCUCGAUUGCAAUCUCGACAUGUCGCGUACUAUAUGUAGUUUGUGGCUAAGAAACGGUGUUGAGAAGUGGUAUCGAGUUUUAUACGCUUUAUUCGAUGUCGAUCUAGUGUCUAAAGUUUGAUCUUUCUGGCCCAGGGGUGAGCGCUGUGGUCUUGUAAAUGAGAGGUCUCGGUUCGAUUCUCGGCAGAGGCAAACUGGGAAUUUGAUUUCUGAAUUAUCUUUGGUUUGGUCUAGUGGGAGGCUUUGGCCGUGGCUAGCUAGACCACCCGACCGGCAAAGUCGUACCGCCAAGCGAUUUAGCGUUCCGUUACAAUGCUGCGUAGAAACCGAUAGAGAUAUGGAUUUACCUAUACCAUAUCUACUCCAAGUUGCCCACUUUCUGCAUCUCACUUACCACCAAGUGAGCUCGCAGUCAAGGGCUAAAUUGUAUCAAAAUUUAAAAAAAGGAUUAUGUGAUAGGGUGGUGAGGUUGAUUGCUGGCGUGUGAAGUUAGCAUCCGUGUCUUUGUGAAGAUCAGGUGGAAUGCAAUCAAGUGUUGCGUGCUCGUAACCCUGCUUGUGCGAUCGUUGUAUUUUGGAACUUGUAUAGGUACUUGAAACUUGUAUAGUGUCAUGUUGAGAAAACUGCUAGCGAGAUCGAGGAUCCUGAGGCGACAUCUAGUGUGUUCAUUGUAAGUUACUUAAUUGCAGAUUGUUAUAUCCGCUGUUAAUCCCUUCGUAUGGGUUUGAAUAGCCAACCAGCCAAUGCCCAAUACUGAUUGAAAAAUAAAAACUGAUUUAAGAGUUAAAUAUCUACCUAUGCCUAUAAUUUCCCGAAUAUUCAACAACGAUUAACGUAGACUUUUCCGAGUUCGGUCCGUUCCGAUAUGUCGUCUGGUUGUUGCCGAGGAUAAUGUAAUAUACUAUGUACCUAUAAUAUUUACUGCAGUAUACUUAGUACAAAAACAAUAUGUAGCGUUUCAUCAAUUUUAUUAUUGGAUGUUCAGAAUAAAAACAUUACCAUCAU